GAAAUUAAACCUUCGCUACGUUAUUUUCACGACGUAUGCGCAAGCCCAGUUUUUACGUAAAGGAAUACACAUAAAACUGCGAAGAAAGUGUUUCACUAUUUCGCGUUACGAGCUAAUAUGUAAAAUAUUCUCGACAAUUUUUCGUUCUUCGAAAAUAUGAAUUUAGAUAUGUACCCAGCCGUGUUUCAGAUUAUCACAAAGUCAACGAAUUUCAUCGUAUAAUGAUUAGACCAGCAUCCAAAUGAACUGGGACUUUGGAAUCACACUUCGAAACGUGCAAUAAUGGUUGUGAAUAAACUGCAAAGGGGUUUCUCGUGGGAUUCCUACACUCGAUUCGUAAAUUCGAAUAACAACAUAUUGAAUAAUAAUUCGGGCAAUAAUGCAAGGUUUCCAGCGAACGAAUCGGUCACCAUUAACGAACCGCUGGUUGAAUGGAAAAACACAUUUCACAUGCGACAAGCGACUUUGGAGAAUUUAGCUGAUAUGGGGGUCAAUGAAAAUGGAGGAAAAAAUGCUGUAAAGGCGGCCAAAAUGCGCGGUAGAAACGUGGUGAAUGCUGCCAAAUCUCUAGAUUUACUGCGACAAAAUAUCCAAUCCGCGAUUAAUAACGAUAUCGAUCGUGUCAUUAAAAAAUAUUUGGACAUGUAUUUCGUACCAGCAAUCAGCAACAUUCGAGGAAAUUUAGGGCAAGGCAGUGUAAAUGAAGAGCACGUAAGAGAAUUAUGUCGGACAAUGUUAGACGAAGCUAAACAUUUGUACCUAAAUUCUCCCCUGUCCAGAAGUGAUUCUCCUUUUAAUGCUGCUGUAGAUACGGGAGCCCUGAUUGAAUCCAGAUUUGGCAACAGUCAAGAUGACAAUGAUGAUAAUAAGCGCUUGUUCACAUUUGGAAAACGUAAAGAAUCCGACUCAUCGAGCAGUGCCAAUUCAACUCAAUUACUGUUAUCUCAUUCGAAACGAAAAUCAAUCAUCAGUACGACAUCGUGCCUUUUUAAAAACGAUCCUUCUAGAAUUACUUCCAAGACAUUAUUUAUCAUGUCUUCAAGAGUCAAUAAAGUAUUGGGCUAUGGAGCUAUGCGAGGGAAGCUAUUCGUCAAACAUCCUGAUUUGUUUCGUUAUUCAGUCGAUUUAGAAGAUAAAGAUUGGCUGAUAAGGCAUAAAUUGCAUUAUACAUCUCAUAGUUCUUCCGGAUCUUCUUAUAUUUUAAUAUUGGACGAUAUUAGAGAACUUUUAAAUUUAGAAUGCUACAGAAAUAAUCCAAGUGUAUUGCGACACGAAUUGAAAGGAUUUGAGGCACCGGAAUUCAUGUUGAAAAAAAUGAGGUUCGCUAUUACUCAUGGAAAAUCAGUCAGGAAUUUAGAAACUAUUCAUCAACUGAAUCUAUCUAGUCCAGGAAAUACUUCCAUGGCAUUGCCAAGUUCUUCAUUCAACAGUUCGAUUUCAGAAAAUCAUUCUCUGAUGGAUCAAGAUCCUUCUCAAGAUGUAGCUAGUGGCGUAAUACAGCCCACCAAUGUUUUAAUACAAGAUACGGACAGUUUUCAAAACAUGUUGGAUGUGUUGGAAAAUUGCGAUGUUACGAGUGUCGUUGCCGAUUGUUCAGAUUCGCUGGAUGAUAUCAAUUUGCUAGAAAAUCCAUCCAUUAUGUUGAAUGAAAUUUUUUCCAGAGUUGAUCAAAAUAAUUCCUCGAGUAAAUGAGACGAUUUUUUAUAAGCUUACUUCAUUUAUAAGCUUACUUCAUUUAUGCAACAUGUACAUUGUACAACUACAACAUUUUGAAAAGAAACACUAAAUAACACUCAUUCUCACUUUCUAUCUCCAAACUUUCAUAGUGUUUAAUUAGUGUGUACUCCUCAUUGUAAUAUUGUAACUUCAGUAUAAGAAGUUUUUUUUUUUGUGUCAACAAUCUGUAAUGGAAAUGGAGGAGAAUUUAUCAAAUAAAAAUAUCUACAUAAA